AUGUACAGUUUUGGAUUGGGUUUCUUCUUUGGCAUGUUCUUGGUGGCCCUGCUGGGGAACAUCAUUUUGCUAAUCAUUAUCUCUACAGAACGCAGUCUCCACCAACCCAUGUACAUCUUCCUGGCAGUAUUGGCAGCCACUGACCUAGGACUCUGCAUAGCCAUUGGUCCUAAGAUGUUGGCCAUCUUCUGGCUUGGCUCUGGCUUGAUGGCUUUUGAUUCCUGCCUCACCCAACUCUUCUUCAUCCAUGCCUUGCAAGGCAUGGAAUCUGGCAUCCUGUUGGCAAUGGCCUUUGACCGCUAUGUUGCCAUCUGUGAUCCUUUGAGGCACACAUCCAUCCUCACUCCAUUCUUUCUAGUUCGGGUGGUGCUGAUGGUGGCAAUCCGGGCAACAGUGCUUGUUGGGAUUUUACCCAUUCUGCUCAAACAACUGCAUCUUUUCCACUCUGUAGUUAUCGUCCAUUCUUACUGUGAGCACAUGGCUGUGGUCAAGCUGGCUGCAGAAGACACUCAUAUUAACAAAUCAUUUGGGCUCUUUGUGGCUUUUGCAAUUCUAGGUUUUGACAUGAUCUUUGUCUUCAUCUCCUAUGUUCUCAUUUUUCAGGCUGUUUUUUCUCUUCCCCAGAAAGAGGCACGAGUCAAAGCAUUCAGCACUUGUACUGCGCAUAUUAUUGUCUUCCUGGAGUUUUAUAUCCUUGCUUUUUUUUCCUUCUUCAGCCAUCGGUUUGGCCAUGUACCACCCUAUGCCCACAUUCUCUUAUCUACUCUCUACCUGCUUGUGCCCCCUGCCCUUAACCCCAUUGUCUAUGGCGUGAAGACCAAGGAAAUCCGCAGGCGGGUUGCUCAUAUUUUCAUUCUGAAGUCUGACAUGCAGCAAUGA